GCAAAUCUAUGCAGAGCCACGUACGUUCCUAGCUAGUGAAAUCCUAGUCAUAAGACACGUAUAGUACUACUGCAUCAUCUCUCCCCCAAUAAUGUUAUUAUAGGGAAACCGAAACUCUUCAGGUCUCCGAGUCUUCACCUCUUGUAUCCAUAAUCCAAUAUGGGUGGCCGUCUCUUCCCCCUCAGCAAUAUCUCCUCUCGACCUUCCCUGACCAAGCCCAUAACAGCAUCUGCGUACAAGUCCAUCAAGAGUUACAGCCAAGCAAGCAAGGAAAACGGCGAUGCCCAUGAAUUUAUAGAAGAGAGAGCGCCUUCGACGGCUGAAGAGUUUAAAAAGAUGGCUGAGGAGAAGCUCCGGCAGGCCCAGCAGGGCGUGGCUAGUCAGACCGCUGAAAAGGUGUAUCAUGCCGCGGAGGAGGCUACUUUAGGUGACUCAGAUCUUCAAUCUGUCAAGCACAGGUACGAGGAGCACGAACAUGGGGGUGAUUACCGCAGGAGAUCUGGGGACGAGUCUGAUGGAGUUAAAGCAUGUUCUAACAAAGCCAAGUGAGCUAAGGCUGCAUUAUAUGUAUAUAUAAUCAGAAAUGGUAUAUAUCUACCACGUUUUUAUCCCACUACUAUUCUAGAAUCCUGACAACAGUCUCAACUAAUAUAUGCAAAAAAGAAAGAAAGAUAAGAGUUGGUUGAGAAUCUCAGCAUCAUGGGAGUUAAGAUUACUCGGAUGUAAUACUAUAAGGUUGUGUUUGACAAUCAGUGAAGUUUUUCAUUUUUCUCU